AUGAACAAAAUAUUAAAUACUAUAGACAAAUUCGAUAUUUUCGAGGUUCCAAUAAGUCUUUUGACUAAUACUAAGGCUUCCUCAUAUUAAAGUAAGCUUGGUGGAAUAAUUACUAUUAUAAUUGGAUGCUUUAGUUUAACUUAUUUUUUAUAUGUAAUCAUACAGUGGAUUGAUCAUCAAAUACCUCCUAUUGUUAGUGUUAAAUAAUAAACUAUAUCAUAUGCAGAAUUUUAGUUGUCAAACUCUAUUAUUUAAUUAGAAUUACAAGAUUUUGUGGGUGAUGUGGAUCCGUUUAGAAAAGAAAAUAAUAUAAUCACUCCUAAUUUAUAUAGAAUUUUGAAUAAAACUAUAAUUGAUAAACCAUUUCCAUUAUUUACUAGUGAAGAAAAGCCAUUUAAAAUAUUUAUAAGUAAUGGUACUAUUGUUUUAAACAAUGAUUAUAAAGGAGAUGAUGGACGAUUGGAAAUGACAUAAUUGUUGCUUGUUUUAGAAAGUUGUUCUAAUUUAACUAUUGUACCUGGAAGUUAUAACGCUGAUGAAAAUGUGAUAACAGAAUAUUUAUCUAAAUUACAUGGGUUCUUAUUCUUAAGUAUUAAAUUAAAUUAACUUUAAUAUUCUACGGGAGAAUUAGAAGAAAUUGAAAAAUAAUAUUAUACAGCCUUAGAAACAUAAAAACCUUUAUAUUCAUAGGUUAUGCUUCAAUAAUAAGAAUCUAUUAUUGACGAUGGAAUAUUAUUUAAUAAUUAUGAAAAUUACUAUUUCUUAAACAAUUACGAGCUAAUCCAUUAAUAAGUUGAUAAUCUUUUCGCUUCUUAGGUGGUUGGUGCAAUGUCGAAAUAAUUUACUUAAUUCAAAAGUAUUGGUAGUUAUUUAUUCAGAAUUGAUAACAUUGCUGUUUCAGAAACUAUAACACUUCCAAAAUUAGGUUAAAUUCAAGCUUAAGUUGGAUCAAUCGUGUAGGUAAUAUUUUUACUAAAAUAUAUUGCUUUAUAUUACAACAAAAUGUUAUUGGAAAAUGAAUUACUUCAUGAAAUAGUCACUAUGUAUUAUCCAGAGUUGAAAAAAAUCAAAUUGAACUAUUUCAAUCAAUUUGAAAGUUAUGAAUAACAAGAAGAUAGUAGCAAAAGUUCACUUUAGAAAGUUAAAUAUAAAUAUAAACUUUGUAUUCAAAGAGCAAAAGAAAAAUGUGAAAAUGAUAUUGAGUUGGAGUAGAAGUUUAAACUCAUAUCAACGAUUUUCGAAAUUGUAUAAUAGUAGCAGUGA